GGUGGAAUCGAACGUCCCCGAGCGCACACGGCGUAAAGGAGAGUCUGUGGAAGGGACAUAACGGUUUUCUUUUCGGCCCCCCUCUCCACUCAGACAACAAGAACCAACAAAAACCUGAAUUUUAGAGGGGCUUACACAACCUUCUUCUGCUCUAAAGGAGGAGGGAAGCGAGGGAUUGAAGCAGCAAGUUCUUUUUUUUCUUUUUCAUUUUUUUUUCUCUUUUUCUUAAAAGAGGAUUUUGUGUUUUCACGGUGGUUCGCUCUUCGCUCUCGCCGCAAAGAUGAUGGUCGGAGAGGUCGAAGUGAAGGAGCGACCGAGGCCGAGUCCGGACUAUUUGAUGCAAUUAUUAAACGAAAAGAAGCUUAUGACCAGUUUGCCAAAUCUCUGCGGGAUCUUCACGCACCUGGAGCGGCUUCUGGAUGAAGAGAUCAACAGAGUGCGUAAAGAUAUGUACAGUGACACAGUGAACGGCCUUGUGGACAGACACCCGCUGGAGCUGCCCGAACCCAUCGGACCCAUCGUUCACCUGCAGGAAAAACUGUUUGUGCCUGUCAAAGAGUACCCAGAUUAUAACUUUGUGGGAAGAAUCCUCGGUCCCCGGGGACUCACUGCCAAACAGUUGGAAGCAGAGACGGGAUGCAAAAUCAUGGUGCGAGGAAAGAGCUCCAUGAGAGACAAGAAGAAGGAGGAGCAGAACAGAGGGAAGCCAAACUGGGAACACCUAAAUGAAGACCUUCACGUCCUAAUCACAGUUGAAGACACACAAAACAGAGCAGAGAUCAAGAUGAGGAGAGCGGUAGAGGAAGUCAAGAAGCUCCUCGUACCUGCUGCUGAGGGUGAAGACAAUUUGAAGAAGAUGCAGCUGAUGGAGCUGGCUAUUCUCAACGGGACAUACAGAGACAACAAUGUCAAAACACCCCCCCUUGCGUUCUCUCUUGCAGCAGCGGCGGCGGCCGCUCAGGGCCCCCGCCUCAUAGCGGCCCCCGCGGGUCAGGUGUUGCCUCCGCCGGCACUCCGGCCCCCAACGCCGGCCGGGGCCCCCAUCAUGAACCUCAUCCGGCCCACUCAGAUGGCCGCUAUGCUGCCCAACGGCACCCCCACCUUGGUGCCUCCCACACCAGACGGCGGACUAAUCUACACCACCCCUUAUGAGUACCCCUACGCCUUGGCACCCACCUCGUUGCUGGAGUACCCCAUCGAGCACAGUGGGGUUCUAGGUAAGAGAGCCUGGGGGAGCUUGGGUACAGCGGCCAACUUUAGCCAGCCUGGACAGGAGGGCAGCUUGUUUUUCCCCGGAAUCGGGGUGCUGGACGCAGCUACCAUGAGCCACAGUCAGGACUUGUUGAAAGGUGCAAUGGCUACUAAAGUGAGACGGCAUGACACGCGGGUCCAUCCUUACCAAAGGAUUGUGACCGCUGACAGAGCCGCCACCGGCAACUAACACAUGACCUUCUGACCUCUGAACUCUUCACCCAAUGACGAGCCGCCCCAAGCCUGCCUGCUGAUCAGUUAACUGGUAAUUGCCUUUUGCUAGCCUCUCGGACGCAAGUGGCAGAGAGAGAGGCGCCUGCCCAUACAGUUACCCUAACACGUUCUGACAAAAAGAUAGAAACCAACGCAGACUCUUCACUGAAACGCAACAAAAAAAAAAAAAAACACACAGCUGUGGAUUAUUCAUUUUAUUUUUUUUUCCUCUGUUCAUUAGUUCAGUUCCCAUUCUUUCUCUUUCUUUUUCCUCAUGAAUCACGCACCGGGCGGAUCUGCUUGUGGUAUUACUCAUGAAUCUGCACUGAAUUAUAAAGCAAUAAAGAACCCCGAACCCACCCGCCUUUAAUUACUCUGAUUAGGUGACCUCACUCGCUCUCCAUCUCCAGUCUGAGAAGCAGACCGUUUUGGUUUCGGAGGGGUCCCCCACAAAUUGCCCCAGAACCUUCCUUUAGCAACACCCUACCUGCCCCGCCCGCCCCUCAGACCCCCGUCUGCCACAGCGGAGAAAGAAACAGAAGGAACGGGAACGUUCACUUGCAUUAACGUGUUUAAUUUCUGUCAUUUUUUUUUUUUUACCGACCCCCCCCAAACAUGUAUUUCAGUUGUUGAGCUUGUAAUUAUGAGCUGACACAUUCUGGGUGUGCCCCUCUAAAUGGCUUUCUGUCUGUUUUUUUUUUAAAGCAUGGCUAAAAUGAUUGCAAAAAGAGCUUUUUUUAUGAUUUAUGUUUUUUUUUUUCUGUCUUGAUUUAAUGCUUUUUUUUUCUUUUUUUUCACUUUUAUUGUUUUAAAUUUUUCAGUUCAGAUUGAACUAAUUAGCUUCAGUCUCUGAAACAAAGCAGGUGGUUAUCUCUGGAAGUCAGAACAGAGUUUUAGCGUUUGAGGCAGGAAAACAAAAGGCGUGAUGGGAGGGGUUAGUUUGGGUUGAUGGGUCUGUGUGCGUGUGUGUGAGUGUGUGUUUUUGAUUAAUACUACAACGAAAGUGGGGUGAGGCUUCGGGGACGUGGGCCCCAUCCACACUACGUCCACUAUCCAGUGCCUGAUGUAUUUAGAAGAAUAUCUCGAUGAGUUAGCUGAGCUGUGAUCACAAAGAUUAAGACAAAAAAAAAAAAAAGUAUUGUGUGCAUAUUUAGCCAAAGGGUUUUCAGUGACUAAUAUAUCUGCAGUUAUGCAGCUGUUUGGCAGAGGGCUCUCUUUGUGAUUUUUAGUUUGGGUGUCUGCCUUCAGCUGGAACAGGAGUUUUACCCCUUCCUGCUCAGUUUUAUUUUCCUGAGGUCAAAACAGGCAAUUAACACUAAAAUUACAUGCUACUCGAUUAUAGUGAAGUGCCAAGGGAAAAGACACUCAUGACAAGCAAGAGGUUUAUUGUUUCUGUUUGUUGUUUUUUUUGGCCAAUUUUUGCAGAUUUAUUCCUACUACAGUGGAUUUUUUUUCUCCUUUUGUUCCGUUUAGUUUUAAUUUUUGUCCUCUGUGUUUUGUGUGUGUAAGUUGGGGCAUGAGGUCGACGUAAUCCUGACCUUUCUGCAUAUUAUUCUUUUAAUUAUUUUACUAAUGAAACCUAACAUAUGCCAAACCAUCCAUAAGUGCAUCCACAAUGUGUCACACCUCCCUCUGAUGGUAGUCCAGCUUCUGAGCCCACGAUCCUUCGUUUAAAUCUCAAGAAAAAAUAGGAUGUGAAAGCCAUGCCUGCCUGUUCAAAUUGCUUUAUACAUACGUCUUAUAUAUAUAUAUCUAUAAAUAUAUAUAAAUAUAUAAAAAUGUAGAUAUCUGUCAAUGCAUAUAAAAAUACAGAUGAGAACAAAAAAUAGAUAAUUUUACAGGGUGCUGGAGAUGAGAAAAAAUCUAUCUAUUUUUGGCAAUUUUAGCUUUUGAUACUUUACUUGCAGUUAUAAAAUAAUGAUAAAAAAUUAACAAAAACUUUUUCCGACAGAGGAAAACUGAACGCGAGUGGGUGAGGAGCCUGGAAUCUAAUUGGGAAAAGGAAAGACUAAAGCAGUCAGAACCAUGGGAGAUCAGAGCGAGACAGGAUCAAAUCAAAGUGCCUUAUCAACAGUGGUUUCUGUUUUUUAGUAUUCCAGUUGUGUUUUAAAAUAAAACCAAUUUAAAAAAAAAACAAAAAAAGGAUAUCCAGCACCCACCAAGAUGGCGCAGAGAGGAACGGCAAGUGUUACACACUCGGAAAAAGUCGAGCUGGGCCUCCGUCGCUACGCCGUGGCGCCGCCCAAGUUACUCUAUGCAAAAAGAAUAGCAGUCGUUCUGACCAGCUAAAAUAUGUGCCAUGGUUUUUGUCUUCCUGAAAAUGAUUUUAAGUUUUUCUUUUCCUUCACUUGAUGGCCCUUUACUCUGCUGUACGAGCAGAUCUUUUCUUCUAAUUUAGAUUUUAUUGAUGAUAUGACUUAUUGUGUUUUUAAAGUUUUUUAUUUUACUUUGUAUGUUGAACAAAUUGAACUGCCAUUAGCAACCAAGUAGUCUGCCAUGAGACGCUCGGAUGAUGAGCUGAGAAAAAUACGCAGCGUUCAGGGAAACGAACGGGAAAGUGUUUGUUUUAACAGCGUCAUCCGGUCCACAUAUCUCCGUGUCAAUUUGACAACAAACUAUCAGUACAGUAAUGAGAUUUCUAAUGGACAAAGGAAGCGCUGGGUAAUGAAACAAGCACCUGCUUCACAGUCAGACAGUUUCCAGUUAUUGAAACGACUGACAGCUUAUUGCUGAAAGGUGAAAAAAAAAAAAAAAUGAAAUUGAGAAAUUCUUGGAUCCAACAGAGCCGUCGGCAGUCUGUUUUCUCUCUCGCUGUUACACCAAAAGGUCAAUGAAUUAUUAUUACUUUCUUUUUUUUGUUUUCUACUUCAGUGUUAUUAUUUUAAAUUGAAAUGCAAUAUUAAAGUGGAGAAAGAGAUGGCAAAUCAGCAUCUGACAGUAUUAAGAAAAUCCCCUCUGCAAUGUUCCACCAUGCUGUGUCAUUGUGAAAGGCUGGAUAAGUCCAUCAGGUGAAAGGUUGACUCUAUACCUACCGUAUUCUCUCUGGCCUGCCUACUACAUGUAUGAUAAUGUAAUUAACAGCCAUUGUUACAGGUUUAUAAUGUAUUUUUCUAAUCUCAUUUUAUAUGUAUAUUAAUCAUGUUUCUGAGUGUUUUUUUUUCUUAAUUUUUAUGAAACCCACAGCUCCCCCUGCCCUCCCAUCACCUCUUCUCCAUCUCAAGCUGUCUCCUGUGGGGAGUUUUGCCUUCUUCUCUGUUAGAUUUUUGUUUUUUCUUGCCAACUCCCAGCUUGUUUAACUCAUUAGCGACUUUAUUAGUUUCCUUGUCAUAAGUAUUUUUACAUGCUUGCAUUUAGUUUUCAUGGUGUAUGCUGUUAUUUUUCUUAUUAACCUCUUGGCAUUUAUUUUAAUAAAACAUUCUUAGUAAGAAUUUUACUAACUUGCUGAUAUUUUGUCUUGUGUUUUUAACCUGUUUCAUGAAUGUUAUUACCCUGGUCUGGUUCACGGACUAACACGAUUAAAACCAGCGUAUGGCCACGACCUUUACUCACCAACACAUGGGGACACACACACGUAUAUGCACACACACACACAACCUAACUCAGGGGUGUCCAAAGUGCGGCUCCAGGGCCAUUUGUGGCUCUUAAUUGAUUUUGUUCAAGAAUAAUACAAAUUUGAUCUGUCGAUGCUGCAAAAAACAAAAUCAUACCAAGUAUAAUUUUCUCACGAUGCAGAAUGUUAAAUGUGGCACAAAACAUGAGUUUUUUCAAAACAAAGCUUUUUUAUAACUAAACAAAUUCGACUAUUACUGAAAGUGUUUGUUUUGACUUUACUGCCCAAAUCAGCUUUUAUUUUAUUUAUGAAAGUUGGCGAAAUCUAUCAACAAGUGUUCUUCAAGCUGGGAAUAAACUUGUUGAAGUGAAGCCAAAACAAGUUGAAAACUAGAUUCCUUUCCUUUAAUACAGCAAACAUGAAAAAUGUUCAGUUCUGAGCUUUUUACUUUUGACUCUGUGAUUUUGUGACAAAAAGUUUGGACACCCCUGACCUGAGAGGAGAGAGCACGGUUCGGGUGGGAUGGUGGUCACUGCUGCUGUCACGCUGCCUGCUCAGUUCCAGCACUGCUGCUGCGUCCGGCCGUCUCCUUUAUGGACAAAUCUUAGUCCUCCUGUCCCUCUGUGUCACUGAACCCUGCAGGAAAUGAAGGCGAGUGAAAGCGACAUGCUUGUGUCAGGGUUUGCAGUUUUGAGUCUUAAAAAGCUGCACAAUGUGGAUCUCAAAAGUGUCAAGUUGCUUGAUUUUUGUGACUUUUCUCAAUCAUUGCAGAGGGUAUUCUACUUCCACUGUGACCGAUAUCCUGUGCAGUUUAGCUGAAAAUAGGCUAAUCUGCCUCUGAGAAAGCCAACAGCAACACAGGAAGCUGCAGAACCACAACUGAUUGUUUCCUUCGUUAAAACUGCUUUUCCCCCCCGACAAAAACAUUGCAACAUGACUAAAAUUAAUAAUAAAAGCUGAUUUUAUGAUCUGAUUGAUCUAAAAUUAAAUCUGUGGGUCACAUUUCUAAUAUUUAAACAUCACAAAAUGAAUGUUAUUCACACAGUGAAGCAUGGUGGUGGUGGCAUCAGGAUCAGGGGUUCCUUUUUGUCUUAUUUUCUUCUGAUAGAGCUCCAAAUAAGUCAUUUUUGACCCAAAACCUUCAGGUGUUUGCUACAAAGUUGAAGAUAAAGAAGAAAUUUAUAUUUCAGGUUGACAUUGACUCCAAACUAAAAACAUGUUUUUAGUUUAGUUUAAAAAUCGGAACUUUAAAAGCCAAAAUCCAGAAAUAAAUUUUGUGCCACCUACCAACGAGGACGGAAUGCGCCUUUUAAAUUGAAUAGUUUGUUUUCAGCUAAGUUGUUCAGGUUAUUUAUAUUAUUAAAUGCAGUAAAACUUUUCCUGGCUCUUGUUAUUUUCCGCCAUAAAAGCGGCCUCUUUCUAACUGGGACGUGUCCACUUUUAAGAGCCGCUCUAAUCCCCGAAGAUAAAGCUUUUCUCCUGCCAUUAGUUACUGCAGCACUCAUCACAAUCUGUUCAAAAAAAUACUUCACAUUAGUCAUCUCAGAGGGAUUAAAGUUACUGUGAACGUGUUGGGCAGAAAGCCACAUCAGCACACAUUUAUUAAAAAAAAAAAAAAAAAGUUAUUUACAGCUGACACUCUGAGCAGAUUUAUGGAAGACGGUCUAAAGCCGGCCAUUUUUGUUGUUCCCGUGGGAAGGGCGGCGUUACAGUUAUCUCCAGCUGUUGUCUGUUCGACGAGCACUUCUCCCCGUUCAGCUUAUUGACGGAACAACUACCGCUGGGCCAUUUGGGAGCAUCUAUGCUGCUUAGACACACACCAGUGCACCGUGCCAAUAUGAAGCACUCUGGGAUCAAAACAAGCUCAGUGUUGCAGACUUUCAGUGGAAAAUGUUUGGCUUUCAGCUGGCCGCCACUUAUUGUUUUUCUGGUAGUUUUAUUCUUCUUUUUUUUUUCUCCAUUUGAAGCGCCGCCAGUACUGCUUGUUCAUUUCUCCUCCCUGGGUUCACGCAGCUUUUUUCCUCUUUCCACUAAUUCGGGGUAUUGACACUGACUCAACCAAACGAUUAACGAUAUUAAUCCUGAUUCCUUAACACAACAAAUGGCACUUCCGGAGUUAUUUUGUUUUACACUCUUUUCUCCAUUUUUUUUUCUCCCCAUUUCACUGCAACAAUAACCUCGCCAUUAAACGCGGUGAUUCCUUUUAUGUCUCAGCAAGAACAAAACAAAAACAUCAGAGCUAACAUCUCUCCUCUCUGGAAUUAACAUUCAGAUUGUUGCUUUGAUCUGAAGACGGAUCAGCUGCUUUAAAACUUGUGAGCAGAGGCAGGGAUGUGAUUACAGGCAGCAAAAUUGUUUUUUUUAAAUAUUUUUUUUAUGGAUGUAGGGUUGUCAGACUUACUCGUCUCUGGUUGGUUCUUAGUGUUUUUCCUCUUCCGUACGACACCAAGCGACUUCAGCUCAAAUCCGUCCAUUUUGUUCAGAUCAGAGAGAAUUUCUGAUUUUUGUGAAGCACAUACAGAUGCAUCUCAGUAAAUUAGAAUAUUAUAGAAAAAAAUAUUAUUUCAGUAAUUAAAUUAAAGGGAAAUUCAUAUUUAUAUAGAUUAGACACAGAGGGAUACAUGUCAACCAGUUAAGUGUGUUGCUGUUGAUGAUUACAGCUGGAGAAAAGUGAACUCCUGUGUUGACUUGAUAAAACCCAGUGGACUCCAAUAUGACUGGAUUCCUCAUUCAGACGCUGAGACGUUACGUUUUCAAUUAAAACCAGAAUCUAAUUCAGCAAAAGUCCUUGUGAUUAUCCUCCAAACUCUUGAAUGGAAAUUUACCUGACUCUGUUCUUCCUUCCACUAAAUUUUCCAUUCAUAUACUUGGAUAGCACACUCUGUAUUCAGCCAUCAUCUUUGGAAGCUGCUUUUUUGUGGCUCAUUCUGCAGCUGCACUGCAAAUACACAAAAUUUUAUCAACUAUUUUGGUCUAGUUUUUAAAGCAAAUAUCUUAUCACGCUUGAAAUAAGACAAAACUAAACUUUUCAGCCAGAUGUAGGAGUGUGUUUUAAGUCAAUACUUUCUUAAUAUUUUUGAAAAAUUACUACUUCCUCUGGCAGAUUAUUUAACUUAUAAAAAUACUUUUUUUUUUGAGUGAAACAAUCUGCUUUUAUCCUUUAAGGAAUUAUCAACUUAAAACCUAUUUCUUGCUGAUGAGUUAAUUAUAAAUUAGGUUUAUCUUCUACUAAGACUUUUGCACUAGAAACUAAACCAAAAUACUUGGUAAGAUUUUAUAUUUUUGCAGCGUGCAGUUGCCUGUGAUCGAGUACAGGUUUUCCUUCCACUCAACCUUCCAAUAAGUCAUUCUCGUCAGCCAAUGCAUUUCUAAUUUUUAAUGUUAAUUCUUUCAUUGUGAAUUUGCUGUAAUCCAUAAUCAACAAAAUUAGAACGAAUAAAAGUUUGAAAUAAGUCGGUCUGUUUUUAAUCUAUAAAGUUUGUGAAUUUCCCCCUUUUCAAAUGAAUUGCUGAAAUAAAUAAUUCUUUCAAUCAUAUUUUAAUUGCGCUUUGAAUUAAAAACUGCCUAAGGUGUUUCAGUUAGAUUGUAGAAGUGCCUCUUUCUCUCAGAUUUGGAAAAUAUAUAUUUUUGUACUUUUUUAUUAUUAAUGAGCUAAUUUUGGUCUUUCCCUUUAUCUCACAAAAAUGUUUCAGGGUAAUGUGUAAAUAUAUUUUAAACUGGAAGGGAAUUCCACCAUUAAACGUUGAAUUUCUAGUUUCUGUUUGCACCGCUGAGAACCGGUUUCUUCUUCUUCUUGUCUGACUGGACCACAGUGUGCAGGAAACGGCGGUUUGCACACUGCUGCCGACUCUGGUGCAGAUCUCAGUUAUUUUCGGGGCAUUUAAAUGUGUUCACCUACCAACAAUCGUUGACCUUUUCUUCUGUUUAACAAACAUUCCUCUGUUCAGUCAGACUGCAGGCGAACCCUCCUGGGUGGUUAAACAGUGAAAGCUAACAAGAUUCAAAAUGGAAACAAGUUUAUCCCCACUGGAUUUUACUUUGUCUCGUUUUUAUAACUGUGAUGAAUAUGCAGUUAAAAGUAUUAAAAGCCUUUCAGAAACCUAUGCUAGCAUGACUGUAAACUGCUAGUUUCCUAUUCAUGUAGUGGUGCACUAAUACCUGGGAAUUAUGUUUGAGUUUGUAUGUGAAGUAGCCUUUAUUUGUGUGUGUUUUCUUUUGUUAUUGAAGGUAUUAAAUUCAGAGGUUGUUCAACAUGUAUUGCCACUUUUUGUUGCCCACUUUCCCUCCAAACAAACAAACAAAAAAAACCUGAAGUGUGCAAUAAAAAAAACAUAUUUUCAAGCUUCA